UGGAAAAGCACUAGGAAAUCCCCACAGUGAAAAAUAUUAAAGGUUCCAAGAAUCCACUGUGCAAGAAAACCCUUCAGAUGUGAGGAGUGUGGGAAAUGCUUCAGUUAUUUUUCUUACUAUGUUAGACACCAGAGAAUCCACACCGGGGAGAAACCCUUUGAGUGUAAUGAGUGUAGAAAAACCUUUAAUGACAAUUCUUCAUUAAUUCGGCACCAGAGAAUCCACACUGGAGAGAAGCCCUAUCAAUGGAAGAGUGUGGGAGAGCCUUUAAUGAUAAUGCAAAUCUGAUCAGGCAUCAGAGAAUCCACAGUGGUGACAGGCCUUAUCUCUGUGGAGAGUGUGGAAAUAGUUUUACCAGUAGUUCCGGGUUUGUUAUACAUCAGAGAAUCCACACUGGGGAGAAACCUUAUGAAUGUAAUGAGUGUGGAAAAGCUUUUGUUGGUAAUUCACCACUACUUCGACAUCAGAAAAUCCACACUGGGGAGAAACCUUAUGAAUGUAAUGAGUGUGGAAAAGCUUUUGUUGGUAAUUCACCACUACUUCGACAUCAGAAAAUCCACACUGGAGAGAAACCCUAUGAAUGUAAUGAGUGUGGCAAAAGCUUUGGAAGGACUUCUCAUCUUAGCCAACAUCAACGUAUUCACACAGGGGAAAAGCCUUAUUCUUGUAAAAUAUGUGGGCAGGCCUUCAAUUUUCAUACAAAACUAACUCGGCACCAGAGAGUCCACAGUGAGGAGAAACCCUUUGACUGUGUAGAUUGUGGAAAAGGCUUUAGUGCUCAGGAACAAAUUAAAAGGCAUCUAAGGAUCCAUAUUCAGGAGUCUUCCUGUUUAUGUGAUGCCUGUGGAAAAGUCUUCACUAGCAAAAGAAAUUUUCUUCAGCAUCAAAGAAACCAUACUGCAGAGAAACCCUAUGAGUGUGUCAAGUAUGAAAAAACUUUUAGGACUUCUUCCAAGCUAGGUCAUCAUGAGCAUGUCCACCCUGGAGAGAAACCUGUCGUCCUGGACAUCUGUCAUUUUGGCCUCCCAGAAUUUUUCACCCCCUUUUACUGGUGAUAGUACAUGAAAUUUCCCUUUGGAUUUCAUCUUCCACUCAGGAGGAGGAUGUGUGACACAGGCCUGGCUCAGCUGCACAUUCCUUCCCCUAAGCCAUAGUUGUUGGUUCAGAUGUCAGUAGUUUACCCAACUAGGUCCAAUUACAGUCCCA